AUGACGAACAAGUUGAACGAUUGUGUUCAAGUUAAUCUAAGAAUUACUACCAAUAGUAAUCAAGGUGGCCGAAAAUAUAUGGAGGAUGCAUAUGCAAUUGCGCUUCAACGUUUAAAUCCUUCAGAUAAAGAAAGUCCGAUAUCAUUAGCAUAUUUUGGUAUAUUUGAUGGUCAUGGUGGUAAAGAAGCAGCUGAAUUUGCACGACAAAGUUUAUGUCAACAUAUACUUGAGCAAGAUGAAUUUUGGCCAACUACAUCGGAUGAAAGUCAAAAUGAUCAAUCAAUUUUAUCAGCUAUUCGAAAAGGUUUUCUUGCAUGUCAUAGUGAUAUGUGGAAUCAUGUAGGAAAAUGGACAAAAACAUCAUCUGGAUUACCGAGUACUUCGGGUUGUACAGCAAGUGUUGUUUUUGUUCGUGGAAAUAAAUUAUAUAUUGGUCAUGUAGGUGAUUCUGCUAUUGUUUUAGCUGAAGGUGAUACAUUAUAUAAAACAUGGUCAGCUAAUCGUUUGACACGUGAUCAUAAACCUGAAGAUCCACUUGAAUUAAAACGUAUACGUGAUAGUGGUGGAAAUGUUCUUUGUAAAGCUGGUGUUCAUCGUGUUGUUUGGAAUAGACAAAAAUCAACAACAAAUUCUUCUCAUCAAUAUCGUCAUAAACAUCAACAUUCAAUAACAACAACAACAAUGACAACAACAAAUGGAACAACAAUUGAAUAUGAACAAAUACCAUUUUUAGCUGUUUCAAGAGCUUUAGGUGAUUUAUGGAGUUUAAAUACAAAUACAAAUCUUUAUUCUGUUUCACCGGAACCAGAAUUAACUGUUAUUGAAAUUGAUUCAAAUAAACAUCGAUGUUUAAUAUUAGCUAGUGAUGGUUUAUGGAAUAUGAUAACACCAGAAGCAGCUGUAGAAAUUGUUCGAAAUUGUGAUAUUAAAACUGAAGAAAUGAUUCUUAAAUCUGAAGAUGAUGAUAAUCGACCAUUUCGUAAUCCAUCGCAUGAACUUGUACAAAAAGCUUUAACAUUAUGGCGUGAACGAAUGUUACGGUCGGAUAAUAUAACUUGUGUUACUGUUAUGCUUGAUCCACCUGGACCGCCAUUUAGUGACUGUAUUGUUAAAAAGAAAAAAGAACGACUUACAUAUUCUACGUCGUCAUCUACAGCAUCUGUUUGUUCAGAUGAUACUGUUGAAUUAGAUCAUUUAUCACCAAUGACUCCAGCAACAGUUAUAACAACACCUCAAAGACUUAAACCUGUUUUAGAACGGAAAGAACAUAUUUUAACACCGAUUUCAAAUGGUCCGACACCUGUGCGAACUCCAAAACGUCCGGUAUCUGAAGAUGCAUCUACAUUACUUGUUGAUACUCCACGUCGUAAAUUAAUAAAAACAAAACAACAGAAAGAGAAUGGCCGAACAUCUCCUUCAACAAAUUCAACUGCAACUGAAUCAGAAAUUAUAUCUUCCUCUUCUUCUUCUUCUUCAUCAUCAUCGUCUUUAUCUCUUCUUCAACCAGUAACAUCGACAAAUACUGAAGAAGAUAAUGAAGAAUUUGAGUCAUUUACCGAACAAACACCAUCGAAAAUAUCGAUGUUUAAUGAUGAUGACAAUAAUAAUGAUGAUGAUGAUGUUGAUAAGGAAGAUCUAAGUCGAAAAGUUGAAGAAUGCUUUCGUAAUAACAGUGAAAAAGCAGUCGAUGAUCAUUCUAUGCAAGUUGAUCAACCACCAGAAGAUUUCUCUAAUGAAAAACAAGAAGAAGAAAAAUCGGCUCGUUUCCAUCGAAUGCGUUCUGCUUCGAUAACAUUACCAAUAAAUAAUGAAAUGAAAUUAAAAAUAAAUUUAUCACGUCGACGACAAUCACAUAGCAGUAGUAGUAGUAGCACUCGAUCAUCAACUAUUUCUAUAUCAAAUUUUAUUAAAGAAAUCAAAAAAAUGGAUUUAUCUGAAAUUCGUAUACUUUUAUUAGGAGAUGAUAAUGUUGGUCGAACAUCAUUAAUUUAUUCUCUUGUUAGUGAAGAUGUUGUUCCAUCUUCAAUAAAUCUUACUGGUGAUUCAAUUCGCCCAACAACUGAUGAUAUAUCAAUUCCUCCAGAAGUAACACGAGCACGUGUACCAACUGUUAUAAUGGAUUAUUGUGGUCGUCAACCAAUGUCACCUGAUGAAAUCGAUGAUUUACUUUUACCAAUGGAAUGUCCAUCACCAAAUCCUCUUCUUCAACAAUCUCGUUCACUUCAUUCAUGUAUACGUCAAGCACAUGUUAUAUGUCUUGUGUAUGCAUUUGAUAGUCGAGAAUCUCGUGAUCGUUUAUUAACUGUUUGGCUUCCAUUAAUUGAUCGUAGUGCAACAACAAUACCAAUUAUACUUGUUGCUAACAAAUGUGAUUUAAUUGAUGAAAAUCUUCAUGAAAAAAAUGAUAUUAAUAAUGAAAAUCGUGAAUUUUUUCGUUUAACAAUGUCAAAAUAUUCUCGUAUUGAAGCAUGUAUUGAAACAUCAACACGAACAAUGAAAAAUAUCUCGGAAUUAUUUUAUUCAGCACAAAAAUGUGUUCUUUAUCCAAUAAAUUAUUUACAAGAACAAAAUAAAUUAACAAAACGUUUUAAACAAUGUUUAAAAAGAAUAUUUACAAUAGCUGAUCAAGAUAAUGAUCAAUUAUUAAAUGAUCAUGAAUUAACAACUUUACAAGAUUAUUGUUUUGGUAAAAUUCAAACAAAUGAUGAAAAAACAACCAUUGAACAAUUAAAAAAAGAAAUUAAACGAAGAACAAUUCAUGGGAUUAAAAUUACGAGUGAAAAUCGAGGUGUUAUUACAAGUGCAUUAACUUAUCAAGGUUUCGAAUGUUUAUUUGAAUUAUAUUUAAAUAAAGGAAAAUAUGAAACGAUUUAUACAACAUUAGAAAGAUUUAAUUACAAUCGAAAACUGGAAUUAUGUCUACCAAAUCCUCCUGAAGAUCUUACCGGUGAAUUAUCUCCAUCAGCAAUCGAUUAUUUAACACGAUUAUUUCAUCGUUUCGAUAGUGAUGGUGAUUUAUGUCUUACACUCAAUGAAGUAAAUCAAUUAUUUGAAUCAUUAAUUGAUAUAAUACCACCAAUGCAUUCAUCAUUAACUAAUAUAAAACAUUGCAUCUAUUUACGUUUAUCUAUAUCCUCAACAAAAUUACCAUUAUUAACAUUAUCGGGUUUUCUUGCUCAAUGGUUUUUUCUUGCUCAUACACAACCAUCAUUAACAUUUUCAUAUUUAUUUCAAUUAGGUUAUUCAUAUGCAAUAUCAAAUAUUGAUGAUACACGUUUACCAUCUCGUAUGACAUAUAUCUGUCAUGUUUAUGGUAUGCCUGAAUCUGGUAAAAGUUCAUUUUUAAAACGAUUUGUUUCAUCAACAAUUUAUCAAGUUCGACAUUCAUUUGAUUUAGCUGAAAAAUUACAUAAUAAAACCAAAGCAUUUUUUUCUUAUGAUUAUCAAACAAAAUCUUUAUAUAAACAAACAAAAUAUUAUGCUAUUGAUUUUGUACGUGUAUUAAAUGAAACCAAAUGUUUAAUACUUGAAGAAUGUCAUGCAAAUGAACUUGAUGAAAAAAUACUUUUUCCAAAUGCAAAUGUUAAUUGUUUUCUUAUUGAUCGUACACAUCCACGAGCAUUUUCGAAUGUAGCAACAAUUUAUCUUCAACAACAUGUUUAUCCACGUUUACCAUGUUUAUUUAUAUUAACAAAAGCUGAUCAACCAUCUGUUAAACAAGAUUAUCCAUUACCAAUUGAAUUUUUUUGUCGUCAACAUAAAAUUCCAUUACCAAUUGAUUAUUCAGCUAUAACAAUGGUAUCAAUAUUUACAAAUUCAAAAGAUAGUUCAAAUAUGCAAGUAACAACAAAUACUGAACAUAUGUCACAAUCAUGGUUUACAAGUUUAUUAUUUCGUUCACAAAAUAAUUCAACAAAAACUUUAGAACCAUAUUCACCACGUGGAGAUAAAACACGUCAUCAAGAUGAUAUUUAUGUUCGAUUAGGAUAUUUAUGUGUUUAUCCAAAAUUAAAUUAUUUUACAAAUUCAACAAAUGAUUUCUAUAAUACAGAUGCAUUAUUAAAAUAUUCGUUAUAUGCAAGUGUUGUUACUUUAGGACUUGUAACUGUUGCACGAAUGUUUCGAUAG